AUGGGUACUCGUGCCGAUAAGUCGCUGGGUCUUCUCGCAAAACGAUUUAUCAAAAUGAUUCAGUACUCACCGUACGGACGGUGUGAUUUGAAUACGGCAGCCGAAGCUCUCAAUGUACGACAAAAACGACGAAUUUACGAUAUCACAAACGUUCUGGAAGGUAUCGGAUUGAUAGAGAAACGAAGCAAAAAUAUGAUUCAGUGGAAAGGCGGCGACUUCAUGUUGAACGUAAAAGACGGAAAACGACAGAUGGCAACGACGGAGGAGGAAGAGAGAAUGGACCAGUUGAAAAUGGAAAUUGAGCAGUUGAAUAAGGAGGAAGAGACCAUUGAACAGCAUCAGAGAUACCUUCAGCAGUCGCUUCGAAAUAUGGUCGAAACGGUGGACAAUCACAAAUACAGCUACGUUCUUCGCUCCCAGCUAUCGGAUAUCUAUAAGGACGAUUUGACGAUUGGAAUUCAGUCGAGAAUUGGGACACAAGUCAGAAUGAGUGACACUGAGGAAAUCGAAAUGCACGGUGGUCCAGAAUGGUGUUAUCUGAAGGACGCGACCGGACCAUUACGCGCGGCUAUAGUAUCAAAUCACGAGGUCCACAACUUUGUAAAACGACAAAAAUCGAAGCAACGGGGACACGAGGAACACGUUGACGACGAUGUUAAUGAUAAUGAUAAUGAUAAGCAACAGCAAUCCACGUCAUCAGCAGCGUCUCGAUUCAAGAAAUACCAACAACGACGAACACUGACUGAGGAGAUUUAUGAGGAUUUGAGAAAGGAGGAACAGAGGAAUAAAUCAUCGGGAUUGAUGCCACCAAUGAAGCCGUUGGACCCGCCACCGGCCAAUGAGGACUAUAUUUAUUCGACGACUGGAGAAGAAUAUCGAGGAGACUCGAUUAUCGAUUUGUACGGAGAUUAG